UGUUGCUAUGGAGAUUGGUUAAUUAUCUUGGAUAUGAUAUUGUGACGUUUGAUACUGAUGCUCUGCCCGUCCAUCACCCAAGUGAUGUGUUUGAUAGGUUUCCUAGAGCUGAUCUGAUUGGUUCCCAAAAUGGUCGUUAUCCUUUUUCUCUAGUUUCUUAUUGGCAACUGAGGACAAUAAAUAUGGGUAUGGUACUUAUGCGAUCAUCGCUAAACAAAACCAUAUUUUGGGAUAUGGUUGGAAAGGUAUCUGUCACUAAACCUGAUGACCAGGUCGUCCUGAACCUGGCCCUGGUGUGUCUGAACAUAAGUUGGCAACACCCCCCACUCAGAUUCAUUUAUACCUAUCCAGAAACUAAAGACAGAUUGCUUCGAUACAAUGAGGAGCUUAACUCGGGGAAGGUCCCCAUCGAGGGUAAAACUGACUAUCACCUCAACGUUAUUGGAGUUCAAGGUCAUCAGGUUUGUAGAAGUUCAUGCUCGUUGAAACGUCUUGAUGAUAUCAUAAUAUGGCACGGGGGUGGCAAGUUUCAACAGGGUUUACUCUGGUUGCUAGGCACGAACUGGACUAUGCAAGGUUUGUUACCUGGACAACAUAAUCGACGGAUUAUCGCCAAGGGAGAUGAAUGGCUGCA